CCUACGUGGUGUAAACAAGCGCUCCGUGUUUGUGGGGAAUCUGUCAUUCGAGAUGAACGAACUGGCCUUCCGGCAGCACUUUGAGGACUGUGGCAAAGUGGAGGCCGUACGACUGGUGCGGGACCAGGACUCUGGAUUCGGGAAAGGAUUCGGCUACGUCCUGUUUGAGAGCUCCGACUCCGUGCAGCUGGCGCUGGAACUGGACGGCAGAAAACUGGACGGCAGACCCCUCCGGGUGAGGAGGGCGGAGAAACAGGCGAAUAAAGGUGGCGGCAGGAGGAGGAGCGGCAAGGGCCCCGUGAAGGGUCCCGUGAAGGGCCCCGUGAAGGGCCCCGUGAAGGGCCCCGUGAAGGGCCCCGUGAAGAGCCCCGUGUCCCGUCAGGAGAGCGCAGGCCGGAAGAAUUUCACCGGAAACCAGCAGAAUCCGACCAAGAGCUCCACCUCGUUCAGAGGAGAGAUGGUGGAUCCGAACAAAAAGAGCCAAAAGAAAGUACUGAAGAAGAAGAAGAGGCCGAAGCCCAAAAAGAGAGUUCAUAUCUGAUAUGCGAUCUACGUCUCGUAGAAACAGAAAAGGUGUGAGGACGAAUGAAAAGUCCAAGGAUGAACCAAAAGGAAUGAAUGACCAUCGUUGAUGUGGAUUCGUGCCACGUGCGCAUUUGGAGAGGUUACGUCCGCACAACUAACGACACAAUCCAGAGGACAGACGAGUCAUUUCAGCUCUAGAUGUUUUUUCUGAUUGACUCA